AUGGACGACUGGCAAGACCACGCCCUCAGCACGCGCCACAUGCACAACCGCAACUCGCGCCGCCCGUCGGGAAAAGGCCGCAAAGGCGGAACGUUCGAUGUGCGCAAGGCGUUUGGCGAAUAUGAAGUCAAGUGCCCGAGCUAUGAGCGUGCGCUGAGGGAGCUGCGGGAUGGGGAUGGGGUUGAUGGCCAGCUCGCCGAGCCACAACUCGAGCUGCUGCGCCUCACCGACGACGGUCAGGGCGUGCUGGGCGAACUUGUGCUGCCGGGGCUGCUGCGCGCAACCGUCGUGCUGGCGGCGACGAGACGCGGACUCGCGCUGCUGACGCGUGCGCUGGCCGGAGACGCAAGCGACGACGAAGACGACGAAGACGUUGACAACGACGACAACGCCGCCAACUCCCACUCCGACGACGACGACGAAGAAGAAGAAGAAGACCGCUUCACCACCUUCGAAAAAAACUCCUUCCGCACCCCCAAAUUCUGGCUCGCCUGGAACGGCCCCCUGACCCUCCCCCCCGCCUCCCCACCCCCCACCCCCUCGACCCCCUCCCACCCCUCAUUCCCCCGCAAACACGACCCCGCAGACUCCCCACCCCCGUCCCCCACCCUCCACCGCACAGGCUCCUCCUUCCCGCCCCCCAAACCCGCGCCCUCGGCUACCCCCCAGCCCGCAGAAGGCACCGGCUACGUCGUGUUCGCGGGCAACGAGUGCCGCAAGUUUCGCGGCACGGUGAGUUGCGCCGAGUGGGGGUGGAGGGAUGUCGCGUUCGGGGGGUUCAAGACUGUGGGGCGCGGGGAGAGCGAGAGGGGGCUGGUUUGGGGGGGGAGGGAUGUGGAGACUGGGUGGAGGGAGGCGCAGAAAGGGGACGGGGAGUGGGGUGCGAGGGUUGAUGCGAGGAGGAGGGUGGUUUUUGAUUAG